CUCGUCUCUUCAGUCUGAACAUGACGUGCCGCUAUUGGCGCGGCGAAUUCGUCCACAAGUUGUAGGACAUACGUAAUGCAUAUGCUUGGAUUGACCCGGCCUGAGCUGCGCCUGGCGCUCCUGGCGGUAGCUGUCCGCCUCGCGCUGCUGCUGGGCGCCACAGGCGGCGACCUGCUCCUCCCUGACUAUGACACCUCCAAGACCCUCCCGGCAGAGCUGCUACAGCCCGUGCAGCCCGCAGCCUUCCACCAGUCACAUUCGGCAGAUGGAUUGCAGGAGCCCUGGAUGGGCGACGGCCAGCCGCAGGCGGGUGCAGCCGCCGCUGGCGCCACCCAGUCCGCGCGACCGUGGCUGCUGCGCGGAUGGUUGGUGUGGGAUGCUGUCUUCUUCGUCGAUAUCGCGGCAAGGGGCUACGUAUACGAACAAUACUACGCCUUCUUUCCUCUCAUGCCGGCCCUGCUUUCGCGCGCCCCGCCGGAGCUGUUUGCCCUGCUGGCGGUGGCGCUCAACGCAGCGGCAUCCGUGGCGGGCGUUGUGAUGCUGUACAGGCUGGGUGCCUCGCUCAUAUGCGACCCGGAACUGUCAGCCGCUGCCUGCCUCUUUUUCAUCCUCAGCCCCGCCGCCGUCUUCCAUGCGGCGCCGUACACAGAGGCCGCCUUCGCCGCGGCCACCCUGGCGGUGCUGUGCUGCCUGCAUUGCCGGGGGAUCGGCGGCGGCAGCAGCAGCAGCCGCAGCCGCAGCCGCGAUGGCAUCGGUGGAUUGGAAGGCGCAGUCAGUGCAGCCAGGGGCUCACGCGAUCAGAGGCGAGGAGGUCUCAAAAGCGGUGGCCCGGGAUUUAGCUUGGCACGGCUCAUGGCUGCAACCGCGGCCGUGGCGGUGUCAUGUGGUCUGCGCUCAAACGGCGUGGUGAAUGCCGGCUACGUGGGCCAUUACAGCCUGCGGCAUGCGGUGGCGUUGUGGCCCAAGAGCAAGGCGCGAGCGUUGUGGACUGCGCUGCUGGGCGUUGUCGCGGCGGCCGUCUCAGUCACGCCUUUGGUGCUGUUCCAGGCAGCCGCGUAUGAGGCGUUCUGCCGCCGGGAUGCGCACGGCGCCGCCCACGUGUCGUCCGCCGCUCCUGCUGGUGCCUACGACGCAGGCGUGGGUAGUAGUAGCAGCAGCAGCACUGGCAGCACAGGCGGUGGCGGCGGCGGCAGCACUGGGCCGUACGACUGGCCGCGGCCGUGGUGCUCGUCACGCGUGCCGUACGUGUACGGCUUCGUGCAGCUGCUGUACUGGAACGUGGGCUUCCUGCGCUACUGGACGCUGCAACAGGCGCCCAACUUUUUGCUGGCGAUGCCUGUGCUGCUGCUCUCGGCGGCUGGGCUGUUUGAGUAUAGCCGCGCCAACGCCGGCCACAUGGCCUGCCUGGGCUUGAUGCCCCCAGGGAGGACCCAUUCGGAUGGGGUGGCGGCGGCGGCGGAGGAUACAGCGGCGGAGGCGCUGGGGAAGUCAAAUUGGCGAUCUGGGUUGAGCAAGUCAGAGGGUGAGGCGCAACUAGCCUCAGUCAGAGGGGCUAUGGGCGAGCAUAGCACAGGCCAGCUGCGAAGGAGGCUGGGGUUGGGUGGCGCCAGCGAUGCCGGGGCCAAGGUGGCAGCCGCCGGUGGGACGUCCUCAUAUCAGGGCGAGGCCCCAGGGCGGGAACUCUACAUGAGCGACGGAAGCCGACACGCGGGGUACUUUUCCCCGGAGCUGGCGGUGACAAUGUUCCCGUGGGCCUUCAGUCUCCUGGUUGCCGUGACGACCAUGCACGUGCAGGUGUCCACACGCUUCCUGCUGUCUUCGUGCCCGCCCCUGUAUUGGUACAUGGCCCACCUGUGGCGCCGCGGGAUGGGUCGACGCCUUGGGAACGAAGUCGGGGGGCGGAGGCCGAGGCGGGCGGAGCCUGCAGCUGCGGGCGAAGCCGCGACGGAAGCCGCGACAAUGGGUGGCGGAGGCAGCGGUCCUGCCGCGCCUGGGGGGCCUAGCAGUGCAGGUGGCAGCGGUUGGAGCUCCUGGCUGGCGAUGGCUUUGUGGCGGUGGUGCUUGGUGUAUGUGGCGCUCGGAUGUGUGCUGUUCAUCAACUUUUUGCCAUGGACAUGAGGGCUGCGUGUGACAAGCGCAUCUAGACGGUAUUCAUCGCCUGCAUCGCUCAAAGGUUCCCGGGUUGUAAAGGACAGGGCUAGCCCUCGCUAGCCCUCGCUGAUGCUUAGGGUCGUAGGAGCUGCCUGAAGCUUGUCACAACGAAUGCUGAAGAGGCGCCUCUGUCUGAACCCGGCCGGCGUCCCGGCACAGGGCCCCGUUGAGCCCCGCUUCACAUGUUCGCAGUCCUUUCGCGCCAAUUCGUGUGACAUCCUUUCCAGAGCAAUCCAUCCAACUUUAAGGGUAAAGUUGACGCAGCCAAAAGACAGUUCGAUGUACCGAUCACGUGGGACUCCAGACUUCUGGGCUUCUGCCGACUGCUAAAACAGAAGCAGAUCAGCCAUAGACAUAUGACCACGCAUUGCCUGGCUCGCCAGGAACGAACGCGGAAGCUGCGUGUCUCAGGAGCGGCGUAGUAGUAGGUAAAUGCAUAUCAUGAAUAUCGGGAGCAGACUCGUAUCCAAAUUAACAUUCGGCUAUGCUAUGCGACCCGAUUUCGAGAAAUGGGCGUCCUCAACAUUCCUGCACUGAGCUAUCAGCGAUGCUGUACCAGAUACAACAAUACGUGGCGCAAUUGUAUGUAAAUAAAGAAUGAC